UGGGCUGUAAUGAUGAGAUGGUGAGCUGCCUGGGACACACUGGAGUUCCGCUCGGUCCAGACUGCAGGAAACACGACGUGGAGUGAAAAAAGCCCCAGACACCGACAAAGAUCGACGGAUGACUGAGUGACUGUCAAACAGAUUUACUGCCGUGAACGCUGAACGUUGUUUUUGUGUUUUCUGUUCUCCGACCGAGAUUUUUCCAACAUGCCGCGGCGGAAUGUACAAGAAGUUAUAGUCGAAGACGUGCAGAAGAGACGAAACCCCAACAAACAUUAUGUUUAUGUCAUCAAAGUUUCUUGGACUGAUGGGAGCAAUGAGAUCAUUUUCAGGCGCUACAGUAAAUUUUUUGAUCUUCAGAUGGAGCUUCUGGAUAAAUUCCCCGUGGAGGGAGGACAGAAGGACCCAAAGCGCAGGAUCAUUCCCUUUUUACCAGGCAAGAUUCUGUUCAGAAGAAGUCACAUUAGAGAUGUGGCUAUGAAACGCCUGAAACCCAUCAAUGAGUACUGCGGGGCUCUGAUCCAGCUGCCGGUCUACAUUUCCCAGUGUGAGGAGGUCCGUGUGUUUUUUGAGACCCGUCCCGAAGACCUGAAUCCACCCAAAGAGGAACCCAGUGGAAAGAAGAAGUCAGGCAUUGUGGAGCGAGCGACUUCUUUCAUUAAGAGAGGAGGAGACUCGUCGUCGGCUGACCCGCUGCUCUUGGAUCAGUAUGUGGCUGUCACCGACUAUGAGAAACAGGAAAGCUCUGAGAUCAGCCUGUAUGUGGGCCAGGUGGUGGAGGUGAUUGAGAAGAACGAGUCCGGUUGGUGGUUUGUAAGUACAGAGGACGCUCAGGGUUGGGUACCGGCCACAUGUCUGGAAGCUCAAGAUGACCCCGAUGAGUUCUCAAUGCCUGCGGAGGAAGAGGAGAAGUACACAGCGAUCUAUCCAUACGCUGCACGCGAUGAAGAUGAGAUUGAUUUAGAGAGAGGCAUGACUGUUGAAGUCAUUCAGAAAAACUUAGAAGGCUGGUGGAAAAUCAGGUAUGAAGGUAAAGAAGGCUGGGCGCCGGCGUCCUAUCUAAAGAAAUGUGACGUGUCGAGUCAGAAGAUGUCAGCCGGUGGUCCGGUUCAUGCCAGCGCUAAUGAUCUGGACACGGCUGGAAAACAGCAAAACUCCAACCAGAGAGACAGAUUCACACCGCUAACAGAGACUAAACACAAAGCAGGCUCACGACAGAGACCUCCACCACGUCGAGACCUCACUAUACCACGAGGAGUGAAUCUUCCUAAACCUCCGGUGCCCCCACAAGUAGAGGAGGAAUAUUACACUAUAGCUGAUUUUCAGACGACCAUCCCUGACGGUAUUAGCUUCCAGGCCGGAGUCAAAGUUGAGGUCAUUGAAAAGAACUCGAGCGGUUGGUGGUACAUUCAGAUAGACAGUAAGGAGGGCUGGGCUCCGGUCACGUUCAUAGAUAAAUACAAGAAGACCAGUAACGCCUCUAGGCCUAACUUUUUGGCCCCACUGCCUGGUGAGAUGGCUCAACUAAAGCUAGAAGACACCUCGAGCAAUAACGACAACUCGGAAGAUAGUUGGUCCAAGCCCCUCCCAGAUGAACCCUCGUCCAACUCAGAUUUUUUAAGCCGUCCCAAGCCGAGAGAAUGGAAGUCCAAUGCUGUCAAGAGCAGCUCCCCUUUUUCUGGACCCUUACCCCCACCUCCAUCCUCACCCACGGCAGAAGAGAAGCCAGCCUUACCGCCCAGGAGAGAAUCCAUCAACAAGAGUCUGGAACUAGAGGACAAACCAAGAGCAAACCUAGACCUGGCCAAACCUCUCCCACCCAAACCACCAGCCCCAGGGGUCAUCGUCCCACUGGUAACGCCAAAAGCGCCUCCCGUCAAACCUGACAAACCCCCGGAGCCAAAGAAAGAGGAGAAGAACAAGCAACUGUACCUGCGCAACGAGAUGGGCUUGGAGUGCGGCCACAAAGUUUCAGCCAAAGAGGUGAAAAAGUUUAACCUUAAGCAUGUGCCGAAGCAGCCUCCCAAACCCAAGCCAGAUUUGCGUGACGAGAAGCCGGAGUGUGUCGUCCCAGCUCCGGCUCCAUUUCCGAAACCGAAGCCAGUCGUCAGACCGAAGCCUACCCCUGCGGCCAAACCGGAGCCUUUAGCCAAGAGUGAGCUGGAUAUCACAAACCUGAGAAGCAAACUUCGCCCGUCCAAGCCUCUGGAGCAUGGCAGCAACCCAAGUGAUCCCGGUCAACAGAACGACACCUCAUGCGAUGCACCCGCUAACGAUGGACGAACGAAUGAAGAGGCAAAAUUUCCAUUGAAACAACAAAACGGGCACGAGCCGUCAGCGAUGUUGAAACCGCCAAUGAAGGAGCCACCACUAAGGCCCUCCCUGGCUCCUAGAAGACCUCCUCCACCGAAGAAGAGUUCUGAACCAGCCAGUCCCACAGACAACAAGACUCCAGAGAAAGACUUUCAGGAGACCAAACCGGCCGCCCCUCCUCAUAUCAGACCCCCACCGCCCAAAACCAAAGCCUUCGCUCUUCCAGCUUUAAAGGAUGAAGCCAAGCCCAAAGUGCCUGUGCCUGUGCCACCCAAGCCUCUUAUUAAAACCGAGAAACCGGGACCCCCAAAAGAUAAACUGCCACCUCUCAUCAAGGAGGCGGCCAAAGAGGAGCUCUUCCUGGCCGUGGCCGACUUCGACGGAGACGAGCAUACGCCCGGAUUUAAAGAGGGCGCCGUUUUUGAAGUGCUGGAGAAGCAGAGCAGUGGCUGGUGGUUUUGUAAAAAUGUCAGUCGUGAGCCAAUGAUGGAGGGCUGGAUCCCUUCAAAUUACCUAACCAAGAAACCUUAGGUACUCUGACACAAACCUUAUUUAAUUAACAGCUUUUAUUUAUGGGUACUGUUUUUUAUCACAUUCCAUCCUUUUUUUUAACUGACCCUUGUGUGUGGCUCAAGAUCAUGUUACUUAACCGUUCUUGUGUUAACCAAACCUUUACCUAUAUAUUAUACAGUAUAUAUGUAUGUGUGUAUCGCUGAGGGGUUUAAAUGACUAGCAAUAUAUAACUGACCUUUCACUGCUCAAUACUCGCAGCUUUUUGCAAGCAGGUAUAUCAGCUUAAUUCUGUAUUACUCGUUCUAGAAAUUCUAUUGAUACAAAUAUCAGACUAGAGCUCAUAUAGCAGAAAGAAAACCCAGUGAGUCUUUUUAACACUUUCUAUUAGGAAUCAUUUAGUCCUAACGUUUGUGCUUCUUUUACCAAAUGCUUUUAUGUGUUAACACUACAAACUUGACAAAUCCUUUUCUUUCUUUCUUUAUUUAUCAGCCUUUGCAUUAAAUAAGGAGAAUCGAUUUUGUGUCAAUUUGCACUUUUCAGAUUUACCAUAGACGUUAAGUUGGUAAGAGAAGGUGUCGAAUAAGUAACAGGCAUGAGAAAUGGCCUUAAGGUUUAAAGUACGGUCACAUUAGCAAAGAAUCAUUCAAAAUCUGGACCCCAUUGUUUUUCUCUACCAGUGUCCAAUUGUAAAUAAGAGUGUAUGGGUUUACAUCCGAACCACAAUCAUAUAUUCAUUACUUUAUAUACAAGUAGGCCUACUGCCCAAAACUAUUUUCAUUACAUGACAAAGGUUUACAGUCAAAUGUUUUCAUGCUUGACUGGUUUCAAGCUUAGAUUUCGAUAGAGGCGUUUAUUAUUAACGCUACAAUUAAAAACGUGUAUGCAUUGUUACUUUGUGUUUUGAUGUUUUUGUUGUCAAUUUCUUUGGUAAUCUGGAUAGUGAAUCAGUGUUAAAUAGGUGCCUGGUGGGACUUGUUGAUGACUGUGGGACUGGCUUUACUCAUCAGCUUCCUGGUUGCAGUCAAACACGUCUAUGUCUCUGAAUGAAUGAAAGGUUAUGAGAGGAUAACUGCAGGUACAUACCAAUGUGUGUCAUUCAUUCAUUCAUCCACUGUAUUUACAACUCGGCAAUCAUACACAGAAGAGGAUCGUAUGCAAGUGCAAAACGUGACUGUUCAUAUCUCACAUAUGAGUAUAAGGAAAUUCACAUCGGAUAUUCAAACGUUUUUCUGUUUGUGAACAAAAAGCUAAAGGGAAAUUAUGACUGAUCCGUUGACAUGUUUUUUAAGCAUUUGAGUCGUGACGCUUGUUUUGCGUGAUCAUAUUGUAUGUUUUGACUUACCUUUUUUACUUUAUGUAAAGCAAAUAAACAUUUCAAAUUGGCAAAAA